AUGAAAAACUCAUUCACAGACUUCUGUAAACAAUAUCGAAACGAGGCUAAACCAAAAUGGGGACGUUUUCAAAUAGGAUUGUUAAUUGGCUGUUUCGCUACAGUGGCUGGCAUACUUGCUGUACUCAGCAUUUAUGAGUUUGCGGGGACGAAACCUACACAUACGCUUGAAUUGCCAUUCUGGAAGUCUACCGUUGGCUAUUGGGUAGAUGUAUUCGCCUUCAAAGAUUCUUCUGGUGAUUUUGUUGGUGAUCUAAAUGGUCUUGCAUCUGAGGUAGAUUACAUCAAAAGCGUAAUUGGCGCCGGGUAUGUUAUAUUAGGCUCCAUUACAAAAGGAUUCUAUACUAACCAACAUAAUACACUUGGACUAGUGGAUGAUUAUGAAGAAUUAGAUGAGUCAGUUGGUACAAUAAAAGAUUUCCGUCUUCUCAUUAAACGAUUUCAUAAGCAGGAUGUGAAGAUCAUUCUGACUUUUGAUUUCAACUCAGUCUCCAUCAAUCAUAAAUGGGUUGUAAACAAUACAGUAAAACUAGCAGAUCUCCCAAAGAAUGUGGGAACUAAUUAUACUCGGUACGGAAAACCAUCAAAUGUGGAAAUCACCAGACAGAAUUAUUAUUCGGUAUUUGGAUACCCGAGUGUAGACUUAAAUUUGACCGAUUCACAUACUCAGAAAGCAAUAAUAGAUGUGAUUGAUUACUGGAUGAAAGAAGGAAUUGAUGGAAUUCUUCUGGAUAACUGUGCAUUUCUUGUAGAAGAUAGUGACACAUCGAAGAGAUCACAAGCCAUGACAAUGUCAUCUUGGUUUGAAGGCUAUCCAAUUCAUCAGUUAUACAGACCUGGGAGCUUACAGUUCAUCCAGCUCGUCAGACAGGAAAUCAACAAGUGGAUAAGAAAAACUGGAAAGGAAAAAUUGCUGGCUGUAUACACUGGUGAUGCUGGUUAUGGUUUGUCUAAUGAGAGUGAUCCAAUGCUGAUGUUCAAAGAUAUGGUUGAUGUAAUAAUCAGUCGAGAAUUUGUCACAUACAGAGGUUGGAAAAUACAUAGCAACUGGAACAAUGCCGAUCUGCGUCAUUAUGCUAAAUAUUCAGAUGAAGAGAGAGAGAAAUUGGGAUUAUGCGUAUCCACACCAUCUGAUCCAUUAUCGAGAAAUCUGGUUACAUUAGCAGCAACAUUCUUAUUACCAGGGGUGCCAAUAAUCUAUUAUGGAACGGAAUUGGGUGUGAAUACAUUUCAAUCAAAUUACUAUCCUGAUAUAUUUUACCCAAAGGAACGUGACUAUUUUAUUGGCACUUCUCCACUAACACACUUGCCGAUGCCAUGGAAUUCCGACGGGAAAAGAUUCUCAAAGGCUAUCAAUGAUUCCAGAUUUGUUCGUUAUCUAAGAUUGUAUGAUAUCUUAGACACUGUUGAAGAUUCCCUUGUUGAAGGACGUGAAGACACUAUUCUGGGUCUUGUUCGAAGUCUUGUAACCUUGCGUGAGAAUCCAAGUCUGAAGUGGGGAGCUAUGGAAAAAAUUCGGUUUCCUACUCACGUACGUCAUAUUGAUUUUGAUGUAUGUAAUGUUCUUAUAAUGUCUAACGGGUGA